GGCUUCUGUUUCCGGUUCCGGGUCUCUGAACAGAAACGUCGCGUGAACGGCGCGGCUACACAGAAAGUUUAGAAGAUUACUUAGUAAUUUGAGUAAUUUACCCGUUUAAACUUGGAUUAUUCGAGUCGGAUUCAUCCAGGAUUUUCUCAAUCCGCCGGAUUACAAACCAAACUGAGGAUCUGAGGAUGUCCCUGCCCAAGCGGGAGGUGGAGGAGUUGAGACCCUGGGUGGAGCGGACCGUGAAGAAGGUGCUGGGUUUCUCUGAGCCCACUGUGGUCACUGCAGCUUUACACUGCGUGGGAAAAGGGCUGGAUAAAAGGAAGACCACAGACCAGCUGCGUCCCUUCCUCGAUGACUCCGCCGGAGGUUUUGUGGAGCGUCUUUUUGAAGCUCUCGAGGAGAGCCGCAACUCCCGCGGCAACAAAGGAGCGGGAGAAAAGAACCGCAAGAGAGAGCUGAAGGAUGUUUUUGGAGAGGAGGUCGACUCCAGUGCCUUGAAAGCAGCUCCCGAGGCGGCCGACGGGACGAGCGUGAAGUGGAAACGGGUCCAUCGCUUUGAGGAGGUCGAGGAGCCUGAGCUCGUACCUGGACCUCCGUCUGACAGCCCGGGCAUGCUCACCAAAAUGCAGAUCAAACAGAUGAUGGAAGCAGCCACAAAACAAAUUGAAGAAAGAAAGAAACAGCUCAGCUUUACACCUUCAGCUUCAGUAGAUGCCACGGUCUCUCGUCUCCUCGGUGCUGGCGGGGGCGGUGGAGGCUCGUCUAUCGCCCCCUCCCAGGCCGCCAGCUUUAUGAACGAUGCCAUCGAGAAGGCCCGCAAGGCGGCCGAGCUCCAGGCCCGCAUCCAGUCCCAGCUGGCCAUGAAGCCCGGGAUCCUCGGGACUCUGGGGAACACCGGGCCUCAGAAUUUUGUCGCGCUCGCUAAUCUCCACGCAAUGGGAAUCGCUCCACCGAAAGUAGAAAUUAAAGAGGUGAACAAGCCGACGCCGCUCAUUCUGGAUGAGAAGGGCCGAACUGUCGACGCCUCGGGCAAAGAGGUGGAACUCACACAUCGCAUGCCGACGCUCAAAGCUAACAUACGAGCCGUAAAGAGGGAGCAGUUCCGUCAGCAGCUGAAGGAGAAACCCGGAGACGACAUCGAGUCUACGUCCUACUUUGACCUGCGCGUCCCCAUGGCGCCAGCUCAGCGCACUCGCAAGAGCUUCAGAUUCCACGAUCCGGGUCGCUUUGAGAAGAUCGCUCAAAGAGUUCGAACCAAGGCCCAGUUGGAAAGGCUGCAGAAUGAAAUCGCCCAGGCUGCGAGGAAAACAGGAAUCCAGGCUUCUACCAAACUGGCGCUGAUUGCUCCUAAAAAGGAGAUAGACGAGGGGGAUGUGCCCCACAUCGAGUGGUGGGACUCCUUCAUCCUGCCCUUUAAUAUAGCAGUAAAUCCAGACUCAAAAUUCGAAGAGUUUGAAUUGUUUGGCGUAACCAACCUAGUGGAGCAUCCGGCCCAAAUGAGCCCACCAGUGGACAGCGAUAAGCCGGUAACACUGGGUGUUUACUUGACAAAGAAAGAACAGAAGAAACUAAGACGACAAACACGGAGGGAGGGGCAGAAAGAAGUGCAGGAGAAGGUCCGUUUGGGACUCAUGCCUCCACCAGAACCCAAAGUACGUAUCUCCAACCUCAUGAGAGUUUUGGGGACGGAGGCAGUUCAGGACCCCACAAAAGUGGAGAACUUUGUGAGGGAUCGUAUGUUCAAAAGACAAAAAAUCCACGAGGAGGCCAACGCUGCUCGGAAGCUCACAGCAGAGCAGAGGAAAGAGAAGAAGGUGAAGAAGUUAAAAGAAGACAUCACAGAUGGUGUUCACAUUGCAGUUUACAGGAUCCGUUAUUUACAAAAUCCUGCCAAGAAGUUUAAAGUAGAGGCCAACGCCAACCAGCUGUACCUGACGGGAACGGUUGUUCUGCACAAAGACGUCAAUCUUGUGGUGGUGGAAGGGGGCCCUAAAUCCCAGAAAAAGUUCAAGAGGCUGAUGACGCACAGAAUCAAGUGGGAAGAACACAACUCCAAAAGAGAUGAUCCAGAUGGCGAUGACGAUGCAAAGAGGAACAACAAGUGUUGGUUGAUUUGGGAGGGAACAGCGAAGGAGCGUAGCUUUGGAGAGAUGAAAUUCAAGCAGUGCCCCACAGAGAGCAUGGCUCGAGAGCACUUCAGGAAGCACGGCACCGAGCACUACUGGGACCUGGCGCUCAGCCACAGCGUGUUGGACGGCACGGACGACUGAAACCUUCCAGCGAGGCGCCUCCUUCCCGUCCGACUUUUUUUCAUCAUCGCGCCUGCAGAUUCACAGGAACAAAAAUCCUCUUCUCACCGUGUACUGGAGGGGCUUCAUCAAGAGACUUGGACAGAAAAAAGAUGAACAAUAAACGUGAGGAUGAUGUUUUGUAAGAAUGGGACAGCUCAGGGCGUGUUGAGCGGAGCAUGUGCGAGUUGGUUUGCAUCAGUGUUGAUUUCUUUGGUGAUAUAUAGGCUUUUCUGUCAUAUUUUUUAUAGACAGAUUGCACCGCGUGAUGUAAAAACCAAGACUAUACGAGAACAAGAAAAUAUCGUCUGAAGUUAUGACUGAUAUUUUGUGAUCUUGAUUCAGAAUUACUCACUUUAGAUUAAACGACGCUUUAAAAAGCACCUAUUUGAUAAUAGGCAUUGCAGAUUUUCAGAUUCCUAAAUGUGUUUUUUUGAUUUGGAUAAGUGAGCAAUUCAUGUUGACGCAGCUGUAGCCACAUUUCUCUGUAACAGUGCAGUCACUGCCUCAAAUAAACAAAAACGUGACCCCUUU